CCGUCGUUUAAACUCUGCUCGAUUCCGUCGUCAAUCGCUCACCGCCCGUCCCCAGCUCUCGUCUUGCCUCCAUGAUCAACUCCAGAUAUUCACGGCUCAGUCAUGCACCAGCUCUCUCCCGCCGCGUUACGCCCCAAGCUAACCCUACAUUUCGCCGGUGUUUCCAUGUCAACCCUUCUCUUCUGCUUAACCACUGCAUCUUCCUUUCUUCGGUUAACAAUGCCAAGUAUAAGCUGAGAUGCUGCUGCUCGAAGAAGAAAAGGUUCGAACGAGAAAAUGAUUUCGAAGAACAAUACGAUGAGAAGGGGAAGAAAAGGGUGAAUUGUCUGGUGGAAGUGAUUUCUUGGAGGGAAAGACGAAUUAAGGCCGAAAUAUUGGUUAAUGCCGACGUCGAUUCCGUCUGGAAAGCUCUCACCGAUUACGAGCAUCUCGCCGAUUUCAUCCCCAAUCUUGUUUGCAGUGGAAGAAUUCCUUGCCCGCAUCCUGGGAGAAUAUGGUUGGAGCAGAGAGGUGUGCAAAGGGCACUUUAUUGGCAGAUUGAAGCUCGUGUUGUUCUAGAUCUCCAAGAACUGCCCAAUUCAUCCACUGAUCGUGAGCUCCAUUUUUCUAUGGUUGAUGGAGACUUCAAGAAGUUUGAGGGGAAAUGGUCUGUGAAGUCAGGAAUUAGGUCUACUACAACUGUUCUCUCAUAUGAAGUUAAUGUUAUACCAAGAUUUAACUUCCCUGCUAUUUUCCUGGAGAGGAUUAUCAGAUCAGACCUUCCUGUGAAUCUUCAAGCUUUGGCUUGUCAAGCUGAGAGAAAUUUUAAUGGAAAUAGGAAGAUGCUUGCAGUAGAAGAGUCAUUGGUUAGAACAUCUUUGCCUGUUCUUGCUGCACCUGGUGUAGACUUGAAGUCAGAUUUCCAUAAGGACAAAACAUCAUCAGCAGAUUUGAAAGAAAAUUAUACCAGCUCUAAUUUUAGCCCCAUCCUUAGAUCUCCAAGUGAGUUGAGCAACAGCUGGGGUGUAUUUGGAAAAGCUUGUCGACUUGAUAAGCCAUGCAUGGUAGAUGAAGUUCAUCUUCGUAGAUUUGAUGGCCUACUGGAAAACGGAGGUGUUCAUCGCUGUGUUGUUGCUAGCAUAACUGUGAAAGCUUCUGUUCGUGAAGUUUGGAAUGUUUUAACUGCUUAUGAGAGUCUUCCAGAAAUUGUUCCAAAUUUAGCUAUUAGUAAGGUUUUAUCAAGAGAAAACGGCAAUGUCCGUAUUCUUCAGGAAGGAUGCAAGGGCCUGUUGUAUAUGGUACUUCAUGCACGAGUUGUUUUAGAUCUGCAUGAACAUCUUGAACAAGAGAUCAGUUUUCAGCAGAUUGAAGGUGAUUUUGAUUCCUUUCAAGGAAAAUGGCUUCUGGAGCAACUAGGAAGUAAUCACACAUUAUUGAAGUAUACUGUUGAGUCAAAAAUGCACAAGGACACACUUCUUUCUGAAGCUAUAAUGGAAGAGGUUAUAUAUGAAGAUCUCCCCUCAAACUUGUGUGCCAUUCGAGACUAUGUAGAGAAGAAACAAACAAAAUCUUCCUUGGAAACAUAUGAACACAGACAAUAUUCAGAGCAAGCUGCUUCUUCCGGCAGUAACAGUGACGGUGACAUUUCUUACAGUAAUGCAACCAAGCUUGCUACAGAUUCCACUAACUCCAAUUCAUCUAGACAAAGACCAAGAGUUCCUGGCCUGCAAAGGGACAUGGAAGUUCUAAAAGCUGAGCUUUUGAAAUUUAUUUCUGAAUAUGGACAAGAAGGAUUUAUGCCCAUGAGGAAACAACUUCGUUUGCAUGGUAGGGUGGAUAUUGAGAAGGCCAUCACACGCAUGGGUGGAUUUAGAAGAAUUGCAUCUAUGAUGAACCUCUCUCUAGCAUACAAGCAACGGAAACCAAAGGGCUACUGGGACAACCUUGAGAAUCUACAAGAAGAGAUUAGCAGGUUCCAAAGGAGCUGGGGAAUGGACCCAUCAUUUAUGCCGAGCAGAAAAUCAUUUGAACGGGCAGGGCGUUAUGACAUUGCAAGAGCAUUAGAGAAAUGGGGCGGGCUUCAUGAAGUUUCUAGCCUUUUGUGCCUUGAGGUGAGGCAUCCCAAGAAGCAGCAGACUACUGCUAAGCAAGAGAAAAACGACAAGGUUGCAUCUACUGAAGAAAAGGCUCCAUCCAAGCCGUAUGUUUCUCAAGACACACAAAAAUGGCUUACAAAACUAAAAUAUUUGGAUAUUAAUUGGGUUGAGUAAAUAUGUUCACAUCAUGCAUGCAUCUAUAAACUGCAUCUCUGCGUGGCAAUGUCUCCUUGAUCAAUCAUUUGCUUUUCAUCACAGUACUUUCACUGAGAUGGGAAAACAAAGACUACAGUUCUAUUGUUUUUUCCCCAUAAUUUGUACAUAGACAGAAGUUAGCAGUUAGUAGUGAAAGGAAUAGAAAUUUUCACCGCUG